ACCUUCAACAGGCAAAUGGUUUGGUUUGAGGAUAAGUCGUCCUAAAUAGGGAGCGGCUGCAAUUCUGCAACCAAUGAACGUAUCCCGCAUACUAUACAACUCUCAGACGUACAUCACUUUUGGAUAAACGUGUCUGCUUAAUGAAACUGUAGAAUUGUAGAUAUAAAUUACAAAAAAACAUCAUCCCACCAACUGUUUACAUAGAAUGUGUAAGAUACAAAGAUACUAAAAUCCACAAGUGCCAAAACCACACUUUUGAAAAAUGCUGGCAUUACAGGUUGCACAUGAAAUGCAGUGAAAAAAAUUUCACAAAAUAUGCAAUUUAGCAGAAGAGAAAAGGUGAACAAUAAUAGCAAAUCUCUUAAAAUAAAUUUACUCAAGACUUUUCCCACUAUAAUAUAUAAAGUACAGUCAGCACCUUGGCCUCUAGAAUCUAUACAGGGUUAAUGUAUCAAUUUAUAAAUUAAUACAGUCAACAGGCCACAUUGGUAAAUGAACCUGGUUUAUAUGAAAGGUAAAUAGAAAUGUGAAAUAUAAGUUGUUUUGUUUUAGCUCUUUACUGUAAAAGAAACAUUCAAUUUAGCUGUGUAUAAAUGCGACAUACCAAUUAAUAUGCCACCUUCCAUUCAAGGAGGCAGUAUUGAACUUCCAGAACCAAUUUAGACACCACGAAGAAGAAAAGCAAGCGACAACAUCCGCGGGAUAAAGUGUUCUGUCAAGUCAGCGACAUUCUGUAGGGUAAAACAGGAAACAAGCAUGUUCUCUGGUGAAAUACGUGAAGUAAUAAAUGGUGUUGAAUAUAGGUACUUCGUGAGGAUUCGAUAUAAAGCAAGAAAAAAAUUAUUUUAAACACUUAAGAAUGCAAAAAUAAUUUAGUAAGAUUUUGAGUUUUCUUCUCGUUUAAAAUGAUCAAACACACAAUGCGACUAUAGUUUUGAAAAUUCUAACCGGAUGUAGAUUUCGUGUAUCGUUUCCGGCUUGACCGCGUCUGUCAAACAACUUUAGCUUUAGCAACAACAUCAAUUUGUUUGGUCGCAAAUUGACCGAAAUCGUGUAAUAAAUGGGAAGAUAUAAAUGUGCCUACAACUGCGACGACUCGAGCGAUUCAGAUGUUAAGUUUUUUAAGUUUCCCCUGUACAAUCCCCGAAAACUCAAGAAAUGGCUCGUCAACAUGAAGUGGAAGGACUGGGCUCCAACUCGCUUCUCUGUGCUGUGCAUCAAUCAUUUUGAAGAGCGAUACAUCGACAGAACGGGCAAAAGUGUGACACUCCGAGAAGAUGCAGUUCCCACCCUAUUUCCAGCGACUGACAACACACAGAAAAAGAAGGCUCCCAUUAACUCAAGACGUAAACGACACAAGCCACCUGGUGCCAAAGCCUCAGAGAAAGAUUCAGCUCAGUCUGCCACAGCCACUCCCACCACAGCAAAGCGGAGCGUCCAGGACAAAGACUCCAGCCAAACAGAGCAGGAGCCACCUGGAGACCCCAAGAAGUCAGACAAAUGGAGGAUCAUUGUUGAUGAAGGGUUGAUGACGAUCGAGUCAUUUCCACAUUUCUUUCAUGGUGAUUACUGUGUACCACAGAAUAUUCAGUGGGCUCCAGAUAAUAAUGUCAGUACAGAGAAAAAAGACCCUGAAAAUGUGAUUGAGGUGACGGAGCCGUGGCAGUGGUUAGGUCUGGAUGUCAGAGGACCACUUCCCCAAACACUGAAUGGACACAAAUACAUUUUGACAGUGACAGACUAUUACUCCAAAUGGGUGGAAGCGGUACCGAUGCAGUUGUGCCUCCCUUCACAUGUGGCGAAGAACAUCGUGGACGUCAUCGCCCACUUUGGAUACCCACUCAGGAUCCUGUCCAGACUGCCUCAUGACAUAGUCCACAAGAUCAACCGAGAACUGAAAGAUCAGCUGAAGGUUACCGUGGCUCUUGUGGUCUAUCAUCAGCAGACCGGCACUGCAGAUUUGAUCACACCACAGCUGAUUAACAGGAUGGUCAGUGAUCUAAUAGAGGAGCAUGCAGCUGACUGGGACGUUUACCUUCCUGCCAAGGUUGUCAGUCUGUGCUUCAAAGAGCAUUCAGCCACCAAGGAGAGGCCUUUCUCAGUGCUCUGCUGUAAGGGACUAAAGCCUGUCCAAUCCCCCAGAGGACUGAAUCACGCUUAUUCCAAGAUCCGAGAGAGUGUUUUCGUGGUUAGAUAGAAGUUCACUCGGUCACUUGACUUGGGAGCCAAACUGGACUCAGUGUCCUUAGAAAACCAGUAAAGAGGAAUAUUUUUCAGUCAUGGAAGUACUCUGAAUCCCUAAAGAAUGUCAGUGCUGGAAUGAACAGUGGAAACCUCGAUGGUUUGACCAGGAGUCUGUCGAUUGAAAAGGAACUGCAGAUGGAACCUCUACAGCAUCCUCCACUCUCCCAAGGACUCGCUGAAAUGUUCCGCUUGUUUGGUCCAAAACAUGUUCUGGCGUUUUGUCUUUUUUUGUCUCUUAAAUCAGUGGAAGGUCAUUUUCAGUCUUCACGUAAUCAUGUUAAUGAAUGUAGCAUUUUAUUUCAGUUGUUGAUGUUGUCAGGACGAACUAAAUACAGGCCUUUAGCAAGAACAAAAGCUGUUAGAACAUGGUCAUGUUUUAUUUAUUUGGAUAAUUUUUUUAAAUAUGUUUGCCGCUUCUUACAUGUAAGUUACUCCAAACAGUUCAAACAUCUGACCUGGCAAAGUUACAGCAGCUGUGCCUGAUUGGUUAUUGCUUUGUGUGUAUAAAAUGUAAAACAUGUUAAUAAACUUUCUUUAAACAAAAA